UUUCAGAUUAAAUAAAAUUGAAAAUGAAAUAUAUGUUUCUCUUGACACCUACACUUUUCCUGGUUCUACAUUCUUCUUUUCCUGUAAUACAAGCAAGACAAUACUACCCGACACCGGAGUCAAAGAAUGAGUCUGGAUUGCAAAUGUUGAAAUCUAUUUGGGAAGAGAGAAUUAAACGUGCAAAAGAGAGAAUUAAGCUGGAAAAUACGAAAUCAGACUCAGAUUUAUAUUUGCCUGCUAAUGGAGCUCUGGCCCAUUUGAUAAUGCUAGAAGAAACUGUCCCCACUACUUCGAUCCCAGUCCAGAUUCAAAAAACGAACCCAUACAUCAAAUCAAUUUAUGAAAUUAAAAAAAUGCGGAAAGUAAACAAAACUGAGACUAGUAAGUUUGAAGAUUUAAAGAAUUUAUCCAACAAUUCUAAUAAUACGGCCUCCAUUGAAACAAUUCUUUUUAACAACACAGAUGAAGUUUUUACAUUGGAAUCAGCUGAUCCGAGAAGUACAGCUAACUCAAAAGAAACAGCUGAUCUGAUAAAAACAGCUGAUUUGAUAAAAACAGUUGAUUUGAUGAAACCAGCUGAUCCAAUAAAGUUAAAUAACCCAAUGGAAACAGCAGGCUUAAUGGAAAUAGCAGAUCAAAUGAAAAAAGCUAAACGGAUAGAAACAGCUGAUAUGAUGGAAACAGCUGACGCCAGUUUGGAGGAUUUCAGCAUUGAAGAUUUGUCAGAUGUGGUUUUGAUUAAUAAGGAAAUUAUGCCAACUAGUGCAGAGCUUAAACAUUUUGUUUAUCAAGUCAAAAGUAAAAUCCCAGAGGGUGAUGAAAAAGUCAAAAGAGAAUGGGCAGAGAAAAAAGAAAAAUACCUGGUUAAAAAAACUAGAAAGGUUCUUGAAGGAAUUAAAGAAGAAAUGGAUGGAAGUAACGAUGAAGAAACUGAAAUGGAAGAAGUUAAAGAUCAAGAAAUGAAAAAUGAAGCAUAUAAGAUGGAAUUGAAAGAAAAGCUAGAAAACUUUAAAAAUAAGAUGAUGAAAAAUGUUCUGAAUCAAAAGAGAAAAGAAGAUAUAACAUUUGACAAAACAAAAGUAAACAAUGGUCAUCAUAGAACAAAUAAAGAGCCAAUAAAGGAUUUUAAUGCAGAAUCAGAUCAAAUUGAAGUUGUUGAGAAAAAAACCAUGAACAAAAAAAAUAUUUCAACUCAAAUCGAUGAUUAUGAUGAAUUGCUUGAAGAUAAUUCUGACAGUGAAGAUAUUGCUCUAAAAAUUAAAUCAUUAGAAGAACAAGAUGAUCUUGUAAAUAAGGUAAGCAUUGAAGAAGCAAUGAAUGAAGAAGAACAGAAUGAGCGAAAAAGCGAUGAGAAAUAUUGGAGGAAUGACGAAGAUGACUUGAAUGAUAAUAAAGAAAAAUCUGAGAAUGAUCAGGCAGAAUCCAGAGUCAGUAAUAUCUAUGAAUACGAUCUUUUUUCAGCAGAGAUUUCUUCCCAGGACGGAAAUGAUGGAGGUGUGAUAGAUCUCACAGAAUACUGGAAUAUUGAACCGAGCAACGUUUUUACAAGAGAGGUUCCAAGUUCAGGUGACAUUUUUACAAACAUUUGCAAGAACUGA